CCGAGUAGUGCUUCGCUCGUCACGAUUGCUCGUCUCACUGCGCUCGGUUGCUCGCGUCAGUGAGAGGCCGAAGGCGUGUUGCAAGACCGGGGCUCACGAGCUGGUCUGUACAACAAAGCGGGGCAGCGAAUCUGUCGGUCGGUGGUGAUCCGUACAGCAAGGAGGUAACCGGCCAUCCGUAUCCGGUUGAUGUUGGGAACGCAUCCAUUGACUAGAGCAGUUUAUUUGGGAACAGCAUGACGUCCUUCAUGGCAACGUGUAGUUGUGCUGGCACUUCUCUUCCCGAUGGACGUCUCUUGGCAUUUUCGGAGGCAGUUUCAAGCUUCAUUCCUGGUAAAUCGUCUCCAUUUGUGUCGUCUUGCGGCCGUUUUACUGCUACCACUGUGAAUAUGUCUAGAGAUCCUAUCGGUGCCAUCUCCUCCUCCUUCUCGACCUCGCCGUCCUCCUCUUUGGGCUUCCCGGCCCACUGUCAUUGCAGUUCGUCGCCGACUUCACUCUCCCUAUCACCCCAUCAUCAGCCAACUGUGUUGUCUUUUGGCUACGCACCUUCAACCCCUCCUCCUCCUUCUCCCAUCUUCUCCUUGAUCUCCAAUUGUCUGCUGCUACAAAAGGGGAGGAAGAACUGGCGGUUACCUGAAGUCCGUGCGUUCGAGCAUUCUUCUGUGCCCUCAUCUCCUCCUCCUCCUCCUCCUGGACAUCCUCGACAACAUGCGGGCAGGAAUCGUCAUUUCCGGCCAUUGUUCUUCUCGUCCUCGUCCGUGACGACAACGAGAUCGAUUUCGGAAGCGGACUCUGAGCUGGAUGCGAAACUUGAGAGGUUCGUCCAAUGGCUGAUCGAGAACGGUGCGAUAAACCCGACGAAGCUCGCGGCACGGCCUGCUCGGGUAUCGCCCGAGGAACGCAUCGGACUGAUUGCUGAAAAGUCUCUUUCGUCAAUCGACGAGGUGUUUGGUAUCCCGGAAUCGUUGUGCAUCACAACGGAGACCGUCCAGUCUUCGCCCAUUGGCUCACUAUGCAAGGGGUUGAAGCCGUGGGUGCAGCUGGCGCUGUUUCUUGUCUAUGAGAGUAGGAACGAGGACUCGUUCUGGUGGCCGUACUUGGACAUUCUUCCUCACCGACUUGAGUCGCCGCUUUUCUGGAGCGCCGCCGAGCUUGCCGAGCUCGAGGGGUCGCAGUUGUUGGAAACAUGUCUCAGUUACGCCGAGUUUCUCAAGGCCGAGUUCGCGUCGGUGCUUCAGGAGGUCAUUCAGCCGAACCCUGGCGUAUUUGACAGCAAGGUCUUCACCGAGGAGGCAUUCAUGUGGGCGUUCGGCAUCCUGCGGUCGCGAACUCAUCCUCCGUUCACCGGCGAGGCGAUUGCUCUCGUUCCGCUUGCAGACUUGGUUAACCAUGGAUCAAACAGCGCGGGGAAGCCGACGGCUUGGGAGAAGCGUAGCCAGGGGCUGUUUGGCAAGCAGCAAGUGGUGUCGAUGCGCGCGGGGAGGAGCUACCGACCAGGAGAGCAUAUCAGAAUGGAGUAUGGCAAGGACAAGAGCAACUCUGUUCUUGCCCUGGAGUACGGCUUUGUGGAGCCCAUCCCUGAGCUGUUGGAAUCUGGGGGGGUGGGACAGCCACCGAGUAGUCGAGAUGACGCGGGCAGCAAUUCCGGCGGUGGCGGGUCCGUCAACCGUCAAACGUUCUCGCUUACGUUGGAAAUCAACGAAGCGGACAUGUUCUUCGACGACAAGGAAGACAUAGCCAACAUCGCCGGGCUGAACGGAACGAAACUGGAGUUCACCCUCGCCAAAGGCGAGGAGCCGGCGGCGGAGAUGGUCGCCUUUCUCCGGCUGAUGGCGCUGGACGGGCCCGAUGCAUUCCUGCUAGAGGCGUUGUUCCGGAACUCGGUCUGGGACCACGUCAACCUUCCAGUCAGUCGGGACAACGAGGAGGCUGUGUGCCGGGCAAUGAUCGACGGCUGCCGUUCCUCGCUGUCCAGAUACAAGACCACGGUCGACGAAGAUCGUCAAUUGCUCAAGUUCCAUAACGCGGACUUGAGUUUUCACAAGAGAAUAGCAGUCGUCGUCCGGCUUGGGGAAAAGCAGGUGCUCCUUGAAACGCUCGAGUGGUUCGAGGACCGUCUGACUAAGCUCGAUCAGCUCGAGUAUUACGCGGAGAGAAGGCUCAAGAAUUUGGGUCUGCUUGAUGACGGCGGUCAGAUGACCCCGUGGAUGGAGGACGACAGCGACGGCGGACAUGAGAAGUUGACGACGAUCGAGAAGACGACCGUGAUUGCCGUGCUCUUUCGUUGUCAGUCGGAGAGGGCAUUGGGCAGAAUGGGAGCGCAGAUCCGCGCACGGAGGAGGAAGACGCUUCAUCAAGUCCCGGUCGAAGGGCUGGAUACCGUGGCCAUCACCGAGGCUGCAGUUCAGGUUUGCUGCGCCAUGGGUUGCAGUGUUCUUCAACGAGCGGCACCGAGGUGGUGGAUGAAAAGGAGGACGGUGGGGGCGUGGGAGGAUCUCAGGCAAUGCGAUGAUGCGGCGGAGGAGUACUUUUGGGAGAAGCUGCGUAUGUCGCCACGUGUCUUUCGGGCGAUAGUGAUUGCAUCCAGUGUGGACGAACGUCCGUGGGAUGCGCUGCCGAUGUCGAUGUCGACUGCAGUCAGAGCGGUAGCACUCUUCUUGGACCAAGCAGAAGCAGACGCCGUAUCUGCUGGACGAGGAGGACACACAGGAGGAGGAGGAGGAGGAGGAGGAGACUGUGAAGGGUUAGAGAUUGCGGAGGAGGCAGGUGCCGCACAUAAGUCUCUACAAAAGCUAUUGUCACAGCUCUCCUCCAGCAUUGCCACCCUCUCCGUCAACACCUCAUCUCUCACCUCUUCCAACACCUCCAUCCUCUCAUCGAUGUUGGCUUUGCUUCCCACCUAUAAUGCACUUAGGAGCUGGAUGCAACUUCCUGGAGUGUCUUUACUGCUAUUCGGCAGGUCGGAGGAUUGCGAUUUCAUUAAGCGAGCAGUCAUGUCAAACUUCACGGAGAAGAAGAAGAAGACAACAAGGAAGAGGAGGAAGGAGAGGAACGAGGAGAUCGCAAAGGAGGAGGAGAAGAAGAAGAAGGUGGGAGCUAACCCAUCUCCCAAAAAGCGAGGACUAUGGCGCCGAGAGGAACGUGCUACUAUCAACAUUGCGCCAAAUUUCAAUGUUUUAUAUAAUAAUAGCACCACCAACGAUUAUGAUGAUGAUGAUAAAUCUGAGGAGGAGGAGGAGGAGGAGGAGGAGGAGGAGGAGGAGGAGGAGGAGGAAGGGUGUCUGUGGAGAGACCGGGUGCGGUGUGAAGUAAUUGAUGAUGCUUGCAUGUCAAAGAAGUUUGGAAUCCCUACAUACAAUUGUAUGUUUGCCAAAGCGAAAUCUUUGUCCGCAACCGAUUUCCUCUUGUACUCCAACUCCGACAUGGUUUAUUUCGAUGACCUUUUGGCGGCGUUUUCAAAAGUUCGCAGAGACUUCCCAGCUGGAUCGUUCUUGAUGACUGGCGCAAGAUACGACCUUUGGUACUUAAAGCGCAUCGACUUCCGAUCGCCGGCAAAAUACGACGCCUUUCGCUCCUUUGCGAUCCGCGCUCGCACCUAUCAUGGGGAAAGCGGCCUCGAUUACUUCUUGUACCAUAGGAGUGAUCCCGCCAUCGCACUCAUGCCACCAUUCUUGGUUGGUCGCGUCCGAUGGGAUAACUGGCUUUUAUCGCAAUACAACCUCGACGAACAUUUGGUCUCUAUAGAUUGCUCCAAGGUAGUCAAUGCCAUACACCUUAACCACAACCUCGUAGACAUAACGAAGCUCCCCGUCUUCUCAUCCACUCCUCGCAACACUUCUUUUUCUUCUCCUUCUUCUUCUUCUUCUUCUUUGUUGUCGUCUCCUGCUGCUACCACCACUACUGCUACUACUACUACUACUAUUAGUACACCAACUCUCAAUAGCAGUGCUAGUGGUGGUGGCGGUGCGGCUAAUGCGACCAAUAGUCAUCGGCGACCAGGUACAAAGUACAACAAGGCCCUGGGGAGGACAAAAUUGUAUGAUGUAAAAGAUACGGGGGUGCUGUCGGGGACAAAAAUGGAGUUACGUUUCAGUCCCAGUCCCGGACCGAUAUGGAAUGAUGGUGCCAAUGUCCAGCAGAAGCAGGUGUUCCAAGUUAGUACCAAGAAUCACCAUGAAGUGCAAUUUGAGCAGCAGCAGGAGGAGGGGGAGGAGGAGGAGCUGCACACUCAUGAUGUUCCACACACAAGUUCGCAUUUGGCGGAGAAACAACGUGAAGAUAGGGGGGGAUCGGAAUCGGCGUCUGGAUCCCGGCGGGGUUCGGAAUUGGGACUGGGAUCGGGUUUGAGAUCGGAACCAGGGUUGCGACUGGGAUCCCUGACCCCAAGGUUGGACUCCGGUUGUCCGUCUCGGUGCGAGCUUGUGCGAAAGAGUCCGAACCUGCCUGUCAUGGCACUUAGACAUGGAAGGAAAGCUCGCCGGCUGAUUGUGGCUACCGUCACGGAGGAGUACAUCGACUUGGCCGUCAAUUGGGUAUGCUCUCUCCUGCGGUUGGGCAUCACCAACUACCUUCUCCACACAGUGGAUGAGCAGGUGCACAACGAGCUUGUCGCUCUCGGACUGCAUUCCGUUCUGUCCACGUUGAAUGACCAGUGGCCUUCUCCUUCUCCUUCUUCUUCUUCUUCUUCUUCUUCUUCUUCUUCUUCUUCUUCUUCUUCUUCUUCUUCUUCUUCUUCUAUUUCUAAUUCUGAUGCUAAGAAUAGUUCUAAUUCGUCGGCUUUUGAUUCGAACUCUGCUGAUGUUGGUGGUGUCACUCGUGGGAAUGGGUCGGAGGCGGGCAUGGUUUCGAUGAUGGCGGCAAAGGACAUCCGGGGUGGUCCUCGAAGGCGGCAUAUGGUGUUGUUGUCCCGUGCAUUGUUUGUAGUCAGACUGUUGAGGAUGCAGGUAUUCGACUUCGUCUUUAUGUGCGAUGUCGAUUCCUUCUUCUUCCAUGAUCCUUUCGAGGUACUCGAGAAUCUGCAACAGCAGCAGCCACAUAGGGAACUAAAUAGAAAGAAGUCAAAAGACUAUGGUGACGACAGGGAAGAGGAAGAAGAGGAGGAGGAGAAGCAGGAGGAGGAAGUGGAGGAGGAGGAGGAGGAGGAGGAGGAGGAGGAGGAGGAGGAGGAGGAGCAGGAGGAGCAGGAGAAGGAGAAGGAGGACAAUAAUGAGAAGGUUGAGGCGUUACAGAAUCUGAAGCAGCAGCACCAUCGUGAACGAGAUAAGAAGAAGGACGGUUAUGGUGGCAACAAGCUGGUGGGGGAGGAGAACGAAAACAACAACAACGAGGACGAGGAGGGUGAUGGCGAUAACCAUGAUGUCAACAACAACAACAACAACAACAACAUUAACAACGACCAUGACGAAGACGACGACGACAACGACAACAACAACAAGGAGGACAACGAUCACGGCGACGACGACAACGGCGACGACAACAACAACAACAACACCGACAAGUAUGACCGCGACUACGUCAAUGAUGACCUGGAAAAGGACGAGAACAUCAAAAACAGCGGAAACAACAAAAAGAACAACAGCAGCACCAACGGUGAUGACAAAGGCAACGGUGAUAAGGGGGGCUAUCAGUACGAGUUACUGACAAGUAGUAGUAGUAGUAGGAGGAGGAGGAGGAGGGGGAAGAGGAGGACGAGUGGUGGUGGUAAUAUGGAGGUGGAGAAAGCACAUCACCCAAGGAUGCUGGGAUCAGAAUUGUCGCUGAGCUUCGCCAUAUUCAGGUCCUAUGGCCUCGGGUACGAGGCCAUGGAAUACGCAGUGGCUCUUGAUCGGUUUUUCUCCCGACGGGCAGGUAUGUACAGUAAUAGUUCUGGCUUUAGUCAUAGCGAGCAUGGUGGAAGUCAUUCUCAUGAUGAUGGGAAAGGUGGUGAAAAUGCGUCAAUGCCAUCGAGUGCGGGCGGGCAUGAUGGAGAAAAGUCGUUAGAAGAGCAUCUAAUAGGGGUCUUGGAGAGAGAAACAAGUCGGGAGAAGAAUGACAGGCGGUGGGCUUCUCUACCACCGUGUCUCUUCCUCCAUUCUGACGAUGGCUAUGGCGAUGGCUAUGGCGAUGGCGAUGAUGAUGGUGAUGAUGAUGAUGAUGUCUUGUUCAAGAAUGCGGCGCAUCCACAUGACUUUCGUGAAGAUUGUGCGAGUAAGGAAUGGCGACCGAUAGCUAUUCAUGUCAACCAUGUUCAGUCGAUUGCUGAAAAACGCAAAUGGCUAGAAUCAGUGAAUUGCUGGCACCUGGAGGAGAACUGCACCCGCACUGGAGCAGAACUUGAGCGGAGUGGAACCGCAGCGGGACUGGAGCGGAACUACUGCUUUCCCUGUUAUCGGGACACAAAUUGGAGCAGACCGGCACCCGCACUGGAGCAGAAUUUGAGCGGAGAGGGAGUGGAAGUGGGUCGGAAAUGGGAGAGGAACUGGAUCGGAAAAUGGACGGAAGUGGAGCGGAACUGCAGUGGAACCGCAGCAGGACUGGAGCGCAACUGCAGCGGAACUGCUGCCGCCCAACUGCUGGAGCAGAACUGGAGAUGGAGAUGGGGCGGAACUGGAUCAGAAAUGGAGUGGGACUGGGUCGGAAGUGGAGUGGGACCAGAGUGGAACUCCAGUAGAUGUGGGGCGGAACUGCAGUGGAACUGGCAUGGAAGUGCCGCCGGCCCAAACUGGAGCGGAACUGCACCGGCACUGGAGCGGAACUGGAGCGGAACUGGAGCGGAGAAGGAUUGGAAUCGGGUCGCAAAUGGCGUUCACAUUCAUGGACAGUAUCUGGACCGGAAAUGGCAUGGAACCGGACCGGAAAGUGGAUCGGAACUGGAGUGGAACUGGAGCGGAACUCGAGGAGGUCACCGGGCCGACCAUUUCUACAAUGAUGGAUGGAUACAUAUCUGAAAGGCAUCCACGUUCAUUGACAGUAUGCGCGCGUUUCCUUGCAUGGCAUACACACAG